CCACUACCCUGUUGAAGGUGAUAACAUUUGUACCGGUGUCCAAUAUUAGUCAUUCACUGUGAAACACAAAGGCGCAGUUGAUUUAAAAUUGCUGAACCAACAAUCCAUCAGCUAUUGCUGUCACUGUCUGUACAAACAAAAAAUCUCUAUCAACCCAAGGAAAGAGGAUGUACCAGUAUCCACUUGCCAUUCACUCAGAUAGAACGUCAUUGCCCAUAAUGGCAACUAUUUCUAGCUGGAACUGUGCAGAAUGCUUGCCAGUGUUGCCAACACACACUACGGCAUGUUUUCCUUCUACGCAAGAGCACUACAACAGAGACAAUGCUGGAAUGGGCGGAAGUGACGGAGAGGAAGAGUUCUCUGUUUGCAGUAAGCUCUUAUUGACCAUGUCCAAACAUGAAGAUAUCCUUUGUGACACGGAUACUGCCUUUACUUGCUUGCAGGUGUUCUUUUAUAUGAUCCGCAGUGACAACGGCAAAGUGGCUUUGCAGCAGCUGGCGCGGACCCUUGAUUUUCAGGUGUCCUUGGGACAAAUGCUUGUGGACAAGCGCAACGAGGCAGUUGAACAUGGGUGCAGGGUUUUCUUGAUUCUCAUGGACGCAGUGCAUGUGUACUGGAGCAAUUAUUGCCUCCCCAUGCAAUGCACUGUGGUGCCAAAUGUACCGGCAGGCAUUGACACCAAGGGAUUGGAUGAGAUCUCAAUGGCAAUGGUAGUGGUAUUGCUGGUGUGCAAGCGGGGAUAGCAAGACAAGUGCACAAGGGCUGGCGUUGUGGUCCAGGUUGCCAAUGUUGUGGUUGAUGUUGCAGAAGAGGGGUCCUCAAUGGAGGAAGGGACUUCAAGUGGCAAUGGAAGAUGCAAGCAGUGGUAGUGUGGGAGGA